AUGGUCUGCAUAGGCAUCAUACUUCCAAUCGCCAUCGGCAUCACAGUCCUACCGCUUCUCCCUUUGCCCAACGCAAAGGUAAGGAAGGCAGUGCUGGAAGUUUUCUUUCUGCAACUCUUGAUCGAGAAUCUCUUGUUGUUUUGCCGCAGGAAAGUGGAUUUCCGCGGCACUGAUCGCAAAUAUGCGAGAGACAAAGCAAUGGCUGCCGUCAGACGUGCGAUCAGAAGUCAGUCCGGUAGCUUUACUGGAGACUUGGAGAAGGAGUGGUUUCAGCAAGCAAUUGCGGAUAUCGAUGUCCAUCAGCCACGGACGUUGCGUGGGCACUUGAGCGAUAGUCCCUUGGUGCUGUGGGCUGUUUCUGUUUAUGAGAAGAUGGAGUUGGUUGCUGUUACGUGUGUCCGUGAUGUGACUGAGUCUCUGGCUUGGAGUCUGGGGAUGAAAUUUCUCGACUACUGUGCUACUAAAAUUGCGGUGAUGAGAGCUGCGAUCCAGAAAGAGAGAAGGGAAGUUACAAGGAGGACUCAAUUGAGGAAUCUGGAACGAGAGCUAAUUGAAGAGUUGCAUGCUUACGGGAUCAAAACUUCUCUACCAAAGCCCGAAACCACGUCGACUACCUUGGGGGAUGAUGCUAGGGCUUUGCUAGCGAUGCAACAGACGGAGCCUGUCACUGACAACAAGACUAUAGCCGUCGAGGAGAAAAUCGUCGUCGAGUCAUCCACUUCUCAUGAUACGAAGUCUCAAAUCCCCAGUUCAGCCUCAGAAUCACAACCUAAAUUCAAUAACCGUUGCCCUGAAGCGGUAUAUUUUGCACUCUACCACGAGUCUAGAAAACAGAAGCUUGAGGUAGAGAAGGGGAAAAUGCUCGACCACGUAUGGUCUACGGCGAGACCGCAAGUCCCUAGCUCUCACACUCGAGCAGAGGUUCUAGCUGGGUUUCUAUCCUUCGAGAAGGAAGUAGCUACUAGCGAUCCCAGCAAUGCUGAAUCUGGAGUAGUGCAGUCUGGAGCUGAGAAGGAGGAGGAGAUGCGUGAGGUUAGCAAGGUGGCCUUUGCUGCCUUGGAUAAGGAGAUGACUGCUAUACGUGCUGAAAAGGAGACAGAGAAGGGCACAGGGGAGAUGUAUAAGUCAUCAGAGGAGGAGUGUCCAGCGGAACGGUUGGAAUGCGGUGUUGAGCCGAUGCAGGCGAAGUCGUGGAGAGAGCUUGCUAACGGAAUCAAUGAGAGGUUGGAUAGGAUUUUGGGCGAGGAGAAGACAGAGGAAAAAAUUAAAGAGGUCGGUGAGAAUGAGUGGGAUGAUUGUUCUGAAUCUGUGGAAGAUUAG